UAAAACAUUACGCAUGAUAAAAAGUUUCAAAUAAAAUAAAAAAAAUUAGGUUUGCUGCUUAUUAAAGAAACUGUUUACGGUUUUGGCAUUGAGGUUUGUUUAUGCAAUUCAAUUAACUAAUAACGAUCUUAAAAAACGCAUGUAUUACCUAGUUGCAUAUCCUUCAAUAGCCAGUGAAUACACCUAAUAUCGGUUUUAGCUUGUCGUGAACUAUGAUCAUUAUUUAUCGAACACUUACAGUAGUAUUGUUCAGGUCAAAAAUAUCCUAAUCCACCUAAAACUGAUGAAUAGUACGAUAAGUGAAUCCAAGGAAAACAAAUACUUUAGAAAAGUUUAAAAUGUUAAUUCAAGGAAUGUUAAAUGUCACCCUUUGUGCACUAUAUGCCCAUCCAGGUCCUCCAAAGAUAAAUUUUCAAAAUGGAACAUACCAAUUAUACUCUAUAAAUAGAAGACUAUGCCCUGAAAUAGAUCCUAUUAGAGAUACAAUAUUUGAAUUGUAUACAAGAUUAAAUCCUGAAGUACCCCAUAUCCUACGUACUGGAGAUAUUGCAACGUUAAAAAAAUCAAAUAUAAACUAUAAUAGACCUACGGUAAUUUUCUUCCAUGGAUUUUUGGAAUCGUCACAGUCUGAUAAUGCAAUACAAAUGAGAAAUGCAUAUCUACACAUUGGUGAUUACAAUGUUAUUCUAGUAAAUAAUGAAAGAUUGCUAGCAGGCUUAAAUUUCUUGACGGCAGCUCUAAAUUGUGAACCGAUUGGAAAAUUUUCCGCAAAAUUUGUAGAUUUCUUAGUAGACCAAGGUGUGCAACUGUCUUCACUACAUAUCAUAGGAAUGAGUCUAGGUGCUCAAAUAGCUGGAUUGACGGGGAAAAAUAUGAAGUCUGGAAAAGCUGCAAGAGUAACAGGUCUAGACCCAGCCGGACCAUUGUUUGUACUUCUCCCAAAAUCACAAAAAAUCGGUGUUGGAGAUGGAAAGUUCGUCGAUAUUCUACAUACGAAUGCCUUCUUUAACGGAGAAUUCAAUUCUGUUGGAGAUUUGGAUAUAUGGUAUAAUGGUGGAAUCAAACAACCUGGUUGUUCAGUGUUUGACAUUCUGAACAGAAAUGGACUGUCUCUACCUGAGUUGGUAUUUUGCAAUCAUUAUCAAGCAUACAGAACAUAUGUCCAAUCACUAUAUGAACCAAAAAGAUUUUUAAUAACCAAAUGCAGCAAUUAUUCUGCAUAUAUUAGUGGAGCCUGUUCAACUGGAAAUACUACCUACAUUGGUGAAUAUAUUGACCAAAGACAGAGAGGGAAUUUUUACAUCAAAACUGGACCUACAGCUCUCGAUAUUUAAAAAUGUAAUAACUUUAAGCAAUAAAAUUAUAAAUGAA